ACGUGACGGCACGCCGAGCGGCUCUUCCCGAAGUUUGGCGUCCAGUCUCGACCUCACGCAGCGGCGACGUCGAAUACUCACCACCACGCCCGCCCGUCUCGGAUCACUACACACCGGGCUCGCCGCCGUCAUGUCUCUACUCCGCUCGCGCAUGCUCACGACGCCGCGCACACAUCUCCAGAUCAUCCCGAAUCUCGCCGCUCGCGCGCAUACACGACCCCUCUCCUCUACCGCCGUCCGCAGCGCCGGCGACCACGCACACGAAGACCACUAUGAUCCCCCGGGCGGCUGGCUAUUUGGAGUGAAGCCUGGAGAGAAGUACGAGAACGAAGGCUGGGAGAACGUGUGGUUUUACGGAUUCUUUGGCACCAUGGCAUUCGGCGUCAUUGGCUACUGCUACAAGCCCGACACCAGCAUACAAACAUGGGCACUUGAAGAGGCACGAAGACGUUUGGAGGCGGAAGGCAUUUUGGAGGACCCAGACAAGAAGCGAUCAUGAAUGGGAUACGUGUUGGGGACCCUAGGGGCGCCUGGGGCGAGCCCAGUCGAUAGAGAACGCUGCCACGAGUGCGCACAUGGUGUACAUAUUGAGUCGAGCGCAUCGACAGGCAGCAGGUGAUGCACACCGAGACUACGUACUCAAGCCUCAUUACGCUGAUUUUGGUAUGCACCUAACACGAGCUACGGUGAGGUAAAUGGGUGCACGGUUUUUCGCUGAUCCAAC